AAUCCCGGACCCGGUGUUCCGCCUCAGCCAUCAUAAAGAGGUAGAUGAUCUGCCGGUGGAGACCCGGUUCCUGUGUCGGUUUCACCACCAGAACCCGGUUUGGUUCGGCAGAUUCGGUCGUGCUGAAGGUGACCGGGGUGUCGCGAGGUGCGGCGGCCGCGCGGUGAAGGGUUAAACCGGCCUGCUGCUGCGUCACUCCGGCCUCCCGCAGCUCCGAGUCCCGGUUCACACUCUGCUGUUCUCCCCUCAAGGCUUUCCUCAUCCGAGACGAGCCGAGCCGAGCCGAGCCGAAUUCUGAUUUAAAUCAGUUUUCAUUCGAAACGUUUUGAUGGAGGAGGAAGGACCUGAGUACACGUUAGAGGUACUUUUACUGCAGUGCAGUACUUCCCUCUGACAGCUCACCGGUUAUAAACAAUCGAUCCUUAAAGUUUUUAUUUUAGAUCAGAAACUUUAUUUGUCCCCAAACAUCUCAGAGGACAGGAAGUAACACUGGUUACAGAUCCAACAGCUGUUCUGAUCUGUUCAGGAGAACCGGGUCCUCCUCAGUACAGGACAUUUGGCCCUCGCUCCAGGCCAAUCACAGAGCAGCUGAUCAAAAGUAGCAGCCAGAUUCCCGGAUGUUAAAAACACAUUAAGCUGUUUCUGGGUCGCAGCUGGAAACAUCAUGAAAACCUGGAUGUGAACUUGGAGAACCAGAGUCGCUGCGUCACCAGCUGUCCUCGCGGUGAACUUCAGGUGAGCAGCCGGACGACAUCAUGCCUUUCGGAAACACCCACAACAAGCUGAAGAUGAACUACUCGGCGGAGCAGGAGUACCCCGACCUCAGCCAGCACAACAACCACAUGGCCAAGGUGCUCACGCCCGAAAUGUACGCCAACCUGCGGGACAAGGAGACGCCCAGCGGGUUCACCCUGGACGACAUCAUCCAGACCGGUGUUGACAACCCAGGUCACCCGUUCAUCAUGACGGUGGGCUGCGUCGCAGGAGACGAGGAGACGUACGAGGUGUUCAAAGAGCUGUUGGACCCGGUGAUCGAAGACCGCCACGGAGGAUACAAACCAUCAGACAAACACAAGACGGACCUGAACGCCGAAAACCUGCAGGGUGGCGACGAUCUGGAUCCAAACUACGUUCUGAGCUCUCGGGUUCGAACAGGACGGAGCAUCCGCGGCUUCUGCCUGCCGCCGCACUGCAGCCGCGGAGAACGCCGCGCCAUCGAGAACCUCUCCAUCGAAAGUCUGGACGUCCUGGAUGGGGACCUGAAGGGGAAGUACUACGCCCUGAAGAACAUGACGGAGGAGGAGCAGCAGCAGCUGAUCGAUGACCACUUCCUGUUCGACAAGCCCGUCUCCCCGCUGCUGCUGGCGUCCGGCAUGGCCCGCGACUGGCCCGACGGCCGCGGCAUCUGGCACAACGACAACAAGACCUUCCUGGUGUGGGUGAACGAGGAGGAUCACCUGCGCGUCAUCAGCAUGCAGAAAGGAGGCAACAUGAAGGAGGUGUUCAACCGCUUCUGCACCGGACUCACCAAGAUCGAGAACCUGUUUAAGGAGCGAGGUCACGAGUUCAUGUGGAACGAGCACCUGGGCUACGUCCUCACCUGUCCGUCUAACCUGGGGACGGGACUCAGAGCCGGCGUCCACGUCAAGCUGCCCAACGUCAGCAAGCAUGAGAAGUUUGGCGAGAUCCUGAAGAGGCUGCGGCUGCAGAAGAGAGGAACAGGUGGUGUGGACACGGCGGCGGUGGGCGGAGUCUUUGACAUCUCCAACGCGGACCGCCUGGGCUUCUCGGAGGUGGAGCUGGUGCAGAUGGUGGUGGACGGGGUCAACCUGCUGGUGGACAUGGAGAAGCGUCUGGAGAGCGGCGAGGACAUCGACGACCUGAUGCCCGAGCAGAAGUGAACCAUGUUACUGUAACCUCUGACCCCUCACCUGCCCUGCCCUCACUAACACCCCCCCCCCCACUGUAGUCAAUCAGAAACCGUCCUGAAGACGCUUAGAGCCGCUCAGUUAGACCUCAGUCUUCCGACAUGUGAAGGACUUCCUGUUUCUUGUCUCCACCUGUUGGACCAUCUAACACUUGUAACACCUAAUAAAGUCUGUGACUGAA